AUUUGUGUUUUCAAUGAACAGAGUGAAUUUAGUUUUAGACUUCAUUUGAUAAAGUUUUUAAGUUUUUACGCGAAAAUCUCAAAAUAAUUCCAUUCACCGGCAGCAUGAAAGUUUGCCGCGUGUGUUUGUCACAGGAUAAUCCAUCAUACAAUUCGUUGUUCGACGUACGUGAGGAACGAACCAUCGCAAAAACGAUUAUGUUUUGCACUGGCAUCAAGAUCGAACCAAGAGAUGGUUUAUCGCAGCUGGUGUGCUCCUAUUGUACAGAUGAAUUUCUCAAGUUUUUUGCGUUGCGAAAACAGUGUUUGGAAGCGGAUAUUUUCUUGAGAAAUUUGAAACGAGAUACUAGACAACAAGCGAACGAACCGGCAGUAGAUGAAGAAGCACUGGUUGUCGAAGAAGCCAGUACUCCGCCAUGGACAGAGGAAUGGUCAACAGAAGAGGUGAAAGAGGAAUACAAACAUCAGGGAACUCCAAACAGUCCAGACUUCGUCGAACCAGACGAAAGUGAAAACUCUGAGUUCGAGGUACAGCUCAAACCCGCUUUGCGUUCCCAACGUAAGUGUAGAGAUUUAGCCAAAACUACACGAAAAAGAAAAAAAUCAAAUGCGUUUGGAAUUGAACGAAACGCAGCCAAAUUUAUUUGCUGUGGGUGUCCGUCCGAAACGUUUGAAAGUCAACAGGCGCUGGAGAGUCAUCGAACGGAUCAGCAUGAAAAGUAUCGCAUAACGGACAAUGUCAUCAGACCGUACGAAUGCGAUGUGUGCUUUCAACGUUUCCUCACCCAGAAGCAUCUCGAACAACACAAGGCGCGACCGUACAAGAAGCGGGAAUACGUUUGCACUUCCUGUGGGAAUGCUUUCUUCGCCAGUAGCACUCUAAAGAAACACGAAGAAAUAUGUGUUGCCAACGAGCGGAACUACGGCUGCGACGAAUGUGGAAAGCGUUUCACGCAGAUCGGCUCCUUGCGGAAUCAUUUGAAGCUACACAAUUCUGAGAAAACUCAUUCCUGCCCGAUUUGUGGCAAAACGUUUCUGAAAAAGUUCGAGGUACCGAUCCACAUGGUGACGCACACGGAGGAGCAACCCUUUCCUUGCGAUCAGUGCUCGGCUCGUUUCAAACGGAAGCAGGCACUGCGGAACCACCAGCGGCAUCACAGCAACCCGACCCCAUACAAGUGUGAUCUGUGCGAUGAAUGGUUCAAUAAUUUUAGUGCGCGUAAAUUCCACCGCCAGAAGGUGCACGAAGGAAUCGAACCGUUCAAAUGUGACCAAUGUGGUGCCAGCUACGGUCGGAAGAAUCGACUUGAUCAGCACGUGCGGCGAGUGCAUGCGGACGCCGGGAAGAGCGGGAGCAAAAGUGGAACAGGCUGACUAAUUAUAAUUGGUUUAUCGAA